AUGCGACCAGAGGGCCACACGACCAGAGGGCCACAUGACCAGAGAGGGACACACGACCAGAGGGCCACACGACCAGAGGGCCACAUGACCAGAGGGCCACACGACCACAAACCAGAGGACACACACAACCAGAGGACACAACCAGAGGACACACGACCAGAGGGCCACACGACCAGAGAGCCACAUGAUCAAGAGGCCACACGACCAAGAGGCCACACGACCAGAGGCCACACGACCAGAGAGCCACAUGAUCAAGAGGCCACACGACCAAGAGGCCACACACCAGAGGCCACACGACCAGAGGGCCACAUGACUAAGAGGCACACACGACCAAGAGGCCACACGAGACCAGAGGGCCAUGACCAGAGGGGCCACACGACAGAGGGACACAACCAGAGGGACACACGACCAGAGGGCCACACGACCAGAGAGCCACAUGAUCAAGAGGCCACACGACCAAGAGGCCACACGACCAGAGGGUUACACGACCAGAGCUACACACGACCAAGGAGGACACGUGACCAGAGGGCCACACGACCAAGAGACCACAUGACCAUAAGGUCACAUGAUCAAGAGGCCACACAACCAGAGGGCCACACUUUAUCAAUAUACGAAACGACCAGGAGCCAUAUGACCAGAGGGACACACAACCAGAGGGACACACACGAUCAGAGGGCCACACGACCAGAGGGCCACAUGAUCAAGAGGCCACACGACUAA